UAGCAAGGCAAGCUCCACCCAACUGGCUAGAGGGCCUUUGCUCUUCCCUCUCUUGGAUCCAUCUCCUUUACGUUCAGUUUAAUUGAUCUCAAAUGGCUUCUUCGCUUAAGAAAGGAAAGAAGGUGACAAUCCUGAGCAUCGAUGGGGGCGGCGUCAAAGGCAUCAUUCCGGGCACCCUUCUGUCCUUUCUCGAAUCCAAGCUUCAGGAACUGGACGGACCCGACGCUAGAAUUGCAGACUAUUUUGACGUGAUCGCCGGCACCAGUACCGGCGGACUGCUCACCACCAUGAUUACGGCUCCCAACAAGCACAACCGUCCCAUGUACGCCGCCAUGGAUCUCAAAGACUUCUACUUCGAGCACUGCCCCAAGAUUUUCCCUCAGCCCAGCCGCAUCGGCUUCAUAAAUAAGGUUUCAAGCCUCUUUGGAACGAUUAUUGGAGGGCCGAAGUAUGAUGGAAAGUACUUAAGGUCGAUGCUAAAGGAGCUACUCGGCAAUAUUACCAUAAAGGACACCCUUACGGACGUGAUUAUACCAGCUUUUGACAUCAAGCUUCUUCAACCCGUAAUUUUCUCUAGAGAAGAUGCGAAAGCAUGUCCACUGAAGAAUGCUCUCCUAUCAGAUGUUUGUCUGGGGACUUCAGCGGCUCCUACGUUUCUUCCAGCUCAUUACUUUGAGAUUAAGAGUGCCGAUGGAAAGACCCGCAGCUUUGAUCUCAUCGAUGGUGGAGUCGCAGCAAAUAAUCCUACUCUAAUGGCAAUGACCCACAUUUCGAAACAAAUCUUAAUGGGAAAGUUCAAGAUUGGGGACAAGGAACCCCUGAAGGGCAACAGCAUGCUGGUCUUAUCACUGGGCACCGGCGAGGCCAAGCGAGAAGCCAAGUACAGCGCCUCCAGAGCAGCCAAAUGGGGUAUGCUGAGUUGGCUAUACGACAACGGCGCCACACCGUUGCUCGACGUGUACGCCGACGCGAGCUCCGACAUGGUCGACUUCCACGUUUCCACUUUCUUCCAAGCCACCUGUUCUGAGAGAAACUACCUUCGAAUUCAGGAUGACACGUUAACCGGCGAUGCAACUUAUGUUGAUGUGGGGACGAGGGAGAAUCUGGAGGGGCUUGCGGAGAUUGGAGAAGGGCUGCUGAAGAAGGCAGUGUCGAGGGUGAACUUGGAGACGGGCAAGUUCGAGGCAGCAGCGGAAGGAGAAGGCAACAACGCCGAAGCUCUGAGCGAUUUCGCUAAACUGCUCUCCGAAGAAAGGAAGUUCCGGAAGUAGCCACUGAGAUUGGGAGAAUGCUCGUUUAAUUCAGGUGGAUGCGUGAGCCGGAUAAGAUUUGGUCUUUAAGACUUUUUUAAUUUGUUUAUAAAUAAAAAUAAAAUAGAAGCUUCGAAUGUCGUGACCAAAUUUUGGUAUUUGUACCAAAUCAGUUGAACGCCAUUUUGUUAUAAAUUAAUUAGAAAAGAAAUAUGUUUGUUUAA